GAUGAACGAAUACACCUCAUCCAUUGGGAUUGGAGUUUUUCAUUCAGGAAUCGAAGUGUAUGGCAGAGCUGUUGUUUUAGGGAGCACUGAUUUCCUAGAAGAUGAUAUAGAAAAAAUAGUAGAAGAACUGGGAAAAGAAUAUAAAGGCAAUGCCUAUCAUUUAAUGCAUAAAAACUGCAAUCACUUUUCUUCAGCUUUAUCAGAGAUUCUUUGUGGGAAAGAGAUUCCUCGCUGGAUCAAUCGACUUGCCUACUUCAGCUCCUGUAUACCCUUUCUCCAGAGUUGCCUCCCAAAGGAGUGGCUCACUCCUGCAGCCCUGCAGUCCAGUGUCAGCCAGGAGCUCCAGGAUGAGCUGGAAGAAGCAGAGGAUGCCGCUGCAUCCGCCACUGUGGCGAGCGCUGCCGCAGGCUCCAGACCCGGGCGCCACACUAAGCUAUAAGUGUCUCCAAAGUCACCUUCAAAACUGUCUCUGGCAGUUGAACAUCGUUAGAGAAAAGAAAACAGAGUAAGCAUCCUUUGGGUACUUUGUAUGCAAAGAUGGCUCUCCCCCAAUCCCAGUUUUUCAGCUCAGGAUUAUAUUUGUAAUCUUUAAAAAAAAAGUAUAUAUAUAUAAUAUAUUAUAUAUAUAUAAUCUAUCUAUCCCUUGUGUAGGAGGGAGAACUUUCUAUGAAGCAAGCUACCCUCUGGUUUUUUACCCACUUGUAAAUUUGGAUUUACUUCUGUUUUAUACAAGCUCUGUUAAGUUAUGUUUACAGUAUUUUGUAUCGCUGUUUACAAAUCUUGCAUGGACUUCUGCCAUUGUAAAAGAAGAAAAUACUCAUCUUCAAAUAUGAGGCAGGUAAUUUCAUACACUUCCUGACAAUUGCCAGAGCAACAGCAUAAAUAAUAGGCACACAAAAAGUUCUACACAGAGUUCUAUCACCUGCUUAAGAAUUGUCUUUUAGAUUUGUAUUAGCCUUGUUGGCAAUCAGAUGCAGAGAACCAAACUGGCCUGAUAGGUAGGAACACACGGCCCCAAGGUCUUAGGACUCCAGCUGGGCCCUUCCGUUUCUGAGUAGCACAUCUCCCAGGUGCCCACGGGACAGUUGCUUUCAUCCCACAUAUCUGUCCACCUAGGCUGGUGACGCUCUCCUGUCUGCCUAGCGUGAUGCCUUUGAUUCAAAAAUCAAGAUUUCCAUUGAAGACAUUCUUGUAACUGACGGGUGUUUUUGCACAUGUGCUAGGGAAGGAACUCCAUUUUUAAUAGCAAAUAAUUUCUUCCUCACACAAGAUUUCAUUGAUGGGGUAGGAAUGACCUAAGUAGUAGCCUUCUGAGUAGCAGUAUGAAUUGACAUCAACUGCUUUUAACUCUUCAGACUACCUUUUAUACUAGUCCUCAGAAACUAUAGCUAAUGAAACACCACCAGAUAGGUAAUUCUUUGGUAUUUCAUACUUUUUAGGUUCCAUGUCAGAAACAAUAUGUCAGAAUUGUUAGUGAUGGGGGGUAGCUCCCCUUGUAAUAGAAAGCUUAUUCUUACUGACUUCUUGUUGAAAAAAAAGGCAUAUUUAUGUGUCUUUAAAUUCAUCUUUUUAUAUCCCCUCAAAUGUAUGUCUCUUACCUAACAUACUCUUGAGAUGGAAGUUGUCACCACAGGAAAGUCCUCAUUAGCAAGGAAUCUGUCUGCUUGUGUUGUGUCUGCUCCCAGUGAAACUCUUACAUGUAAGAACCAAGUCAUUUUAUGUCCCGUUCCAUGAAUGAAUGUUCAUUGAUGACUGUCCUAUAUAAAAUAUUGGCAAGAAGAAAAAUGAUCCAAGGCAGUGACUUCAGCAUUAUAUAUGCUGUUGGGUUUGAAAUUUUUUACAUUUAUUUAAACUUUUGGAUUGGAUUGUGUGCUAUCUCUAUGUGAACAUACAUGUCUUUUAGUUAACUACAUUUUUAACUUUUCCAUAAGCUGAUUUUUAUCAACUUAAGCACACCCUGUUCAUGGGGAAAAUAAGCCUUGGGUUCUAAGCAUAAACCUGAGGAAAAUGAAGCCACUUUAUACUUUCUGACUGUUUUAUAUCUGCAUCCAGCAAGGAAAGCCUUUACAGAUCAAUGUCAGUUCUAUUACAGGCUGAGCACUUGUUUUAAGAGAUGUGAUAAAGGCUGGGAAUGUGGCUCACAUGGUAGAGUGCUUGCCCAGCAUGCAUGAGGCCCUGGGUUUAAUUC